AGGCGGCGCACCUUAAAGCCAGAGAAGCAGACUCCGCACAGACGCAUCCAGCAUGGCGACGCCUAUGCACAGAUUAAUUGCCCGCAGACAAGCGGAAGCAAACAAGCAGCAUGUUCGCUGCCAGAAGUGCCUGGAGUAUGGACACUGGUCCUAUGAGUGCACCGGUAAAAGAAAGUACCUUUACAGGCCGUCAAGGACGGCAGAGAUGAAGAAGAAGCUUAAAGAAGUGGAGAAUAAAGACCUCAGUGUUGCAGGACAUGGACCAGUAACACUAAGUGAAAAGAAGACAAAGAAGAAGAGGACCAAGUCUUCUAGCGGUUCCAGCAGCAGCAGCGGUAGUGACUCAGAAAGCUCCUCUAGUGACUCUUCCUCAGACAGCAGCGACUCAUCCAGCUCCUCCUCCUCUUCCUCUGAGGAUGAUGACAGCAGUAGCAGUGACAGCGAAGACUCCUCCAGCUCCUCCUCCUCGUCCUCCUCCAGCUCCGGCUCUGACUCAGACUCGUCCAGUGGCAGCAGCUCUGACCAGGGGCCUCCCAAAAAAAGGAAAAAGAAGAAAUAAAUGACAGACCGGUCUGCGUUUUUCAGUUGAGAGCUGGUAUAUUAUACUCUGAUUGUACUGGUGGUGGGCGGGGGUGGAAUCCCUAUUCAAGUUCCAAUUCCCAUCCAUUCCUCAUCUCCUUUCCUCCACUGCUGCAAAUUCUUCAAGUCUCCAUGGAAAGCAGUGGCCAUAAAGGGAAGGAAAUGAAGACUGGAUGGCUCGCCUACAGUGAAGAACUGGGUUACUGCUUCUGUUGUUAAACGUUUUGUUUAUUUUUUCCCCCCAAAAAAACAUUUUUUUUCCCCCUUAAAUCUACAGAAUUGCAGGAGUAUUUUUUUUUCUUUCUUUUUUUUUUCUCCCCUUGAACUUUUUCCUUCACUGUCCUCUCAACAGCCAUUACAAUAGGCUUUUUCUAUGUGUAGCAGAGCUCAUCUGUUCCUGUUUUGCUGAAACUGAAGUGGAGGUUGUAUUUAAAAAUCAAAUGACAUGUAAAAAGAACUAUGGAAAUUGCUGUACGCUUGGUCCUGCCACAGGAAGAUGGACUUUAGAACAUGGAAAUGUUUUACCUAAUGUGACCGCCUGAAAUAAAUAGUACAUGUUUUGUUUUGUUUUUUUUAACAAACUUGUUUUGA